AUGAAGGACUGUAUUGGGGUUGCCAGAGAACUCAGUGGUACAAAUGAUGAAGUAUCACCUACUUUUGCUGCUGAAGUGGAAUUCAUAUUUGUCCGUCUCAACAUUCUUCGGGAGUAUUUGGAAAGGGAACUGGAAAUGCCCAACCUUCCUUUCAAAUAUGAUUUUGAACGAGCAGUAGAUGACUGGGUUUUUAUGUGUUUCUUUGUGGGGAAUGAUUUCCUACCUCAUUUGCCAUCACUAGAAAUCAGAGAAGGAGCCAUUGAUAGACUUGUCAAUUUAUACAAGAAAACUGUUUACAAGACUGGAGGGUUCUUGACUGAUAGUGGAAAUGUGAAUUUGGAUCGUGUUCAGCUUAUUAUGGCUGACCUGGGUGAUGUAGAAGAUGAAAUAUUCAAGAAGCGACAGCAAAAUGAAAUUGCAUUUAAGGAGAGGGAAAAGGCAAAGAAGAGACGUACAAAACUAAUAAAAGAAUGGCAACCUGCAUGGGUUCCAAAAGGACAAUUUGCUCCUCAG